AUGGGUAUGCCAAAAGUUGCGCAUUUGAUGUCCCGCCACAAUGAAUAUGCCAUCUUCCGCAGCUUCAAGGGCUUGAACUUCCAGAACCUCCUUUACUUCCAGGCUGAACUCACGCAACUUGAGCAGGGGUUGAAGGAGAUCAUUCGAAAAGACAAGCUCUCCAGGUUCCCGCCCGGAGCUCACGGACAAGCCACUGGCCCUUGUUAA